AUGUUCGCUCUGCGCAACUUUGCCUGCCGGAUUCUCAACGCCUUGCCACAAACCAGGCUUCUCAGCAGUGCUUCUGAGACCAGAACUGUACGAUUUCUGAACGGCGACCGCAAAUUCGAUGCCAACGGGAAGAUCGGGCAAACGCUGCUGGACGUUGUAGUUGAACACGACCUUGCCUUGGACGGCUUCGGCGCGUGCGAAGGAACUCUGGCCUGCUGUACUUGCCAUGUCAUCCUCGGGAAGGAACAUUUCGAGCGGGAGGACAAGCUGAAUCCGGCCGGCGAAGAGGAGCUGGACCUUCUCGACAUGGCGCCUGAGCUCAACGACUAUUCGAGGCUCGGAUGUCAGAUUAAGAUCACGAAAAAGGAUCCAGAAGUGGUCGAAGUCGUCGUUCCAACUAUCAAUCGUGAUGCUCGGAAUUCUUGA